UUGUGGCGACAAUGACGGUGGUGGUGCUCAACGAUGCGAUCAAGCGCGAGAGCGGGCGGAGCGUCCUCCAGGGGAUGAUCGCGGCCGCCACAGCAGGCGCGGAGAUCAUCCGCACGACGCUGGGGCCGCGAUCCAUGCACAAGAUGCUGCUGGACGCCGCGGGAUCAGGUAUCGUGGUCACCAAUGAUGGCAAUUCGAUCCUCCGCGACCUGGACGUCCAGCACCCCGCCGCCAAGGCCAUGGUGGAGCUCAGCCGCGCGCAGGAGGAGGAGGCUGGCGAUGGCACCACGUCGGUCAUCGUCCUCGCGGCAGAGAUGCUCCGCGCUGCCGAGCCCCUCGUCGCGCUCCGUGCAUUCCAUCCAAGCAUAGUGUGCCGCGGAUUCGCGAGGGCGCUGGAGGAUUCUCUCGGGGCGCUCGAGUCGGCCGCGUUCUCGAUGGACGUGGAGGACCAUGCCGCGCUCCAGGGGAUCGUGAGGAGCUGCCUGGGUGGCAAGUUCACUGGCGCGCUUGGCGAUCUCGUGGCGGACAUGGCCAUCGACGCCGUGAAGACGGUGGCGGUGGAUCUCGGCAAUGGAAGCAAGGAGAUCGACGUGAAGAAGUACGUGAAGAUCGAGAAGGUGGCGGGGGGGAGGCUGGAGGACUCCGCGGUGCUGCGAGGCGUGAUGAUCAACAAGGACGUCGUAGCUCCAGGGAGAAUGCGCAGGAAGAUCACAAACCCGCGAGUUGUUCUCCUCGACUGCCCGCUCGAGUACAAGAAAGGCGAGAACGCGACCAACGUCGAGGUGAUGGAGGAGGAGGACUGGAGCAUCCUGCUCAAGCUGGAAGAGGAGUUUGUGGAGGAAGCUUGCAAGCACAUCCUCACGCUCAAGCCAGAUCUCGUCAUCACCGAGAAGGGCCUGAGCGAUCUGGCGUGCCACCACCUGAGCAAGGCCGGGGUGAGUGCGAUCCGGCGAGUGAGAAAGACGGACACCAACCGGAUCGCUCGGGCUUGCGGGGCAACGAUUGUCAACCGGCCAGAGGAGCUCCAGGAGCGCCACGUGGGAACCGGGGCCGGGCUGUUCGAGGUCCGCAAGAUUGGCGAUGAGUUCUUCGCGUUUUUGAUCCAGUGCCAGGAGCCGAGAGCGUGCACGGUGCUCCUCCGCGGCGCUAGCCAGGACAUCCUCAACGAGGUGGAGAGAAAUCUCCACGACGCAAUGUGUGUUGUGAGGAACACCAUCCGGGAUCACGGGAAGAUGGUUGCCGGCGGCGGCGCGUGCGAGAUGGCCGUGUCCGCGGCGCUCAAGUCGAAGGCUUGCAGCGUGGAAGGGAUCGAGCAGUGGGCUUACAGGGCGGCGGCGCAGGCCUUGGAGGUGAUCCCGAGAACGCUGGCGCAGAACUGCGGGGUGGCGAUGAUACGAACCAUGACCGAGCUGCAAGCCAGGCACGCCGAGGCUUGCGAGAAGCGCGAGGCUUGUAGCUUUGGGAUCGAGGGGCGGAGCGGGAAGAUCGCGGACAUGAGGGAGGCCGGGGUGUGGGACGCGUUUGGUGUCAAGGCACAGGUGAUCAAGAGCGCGAUUGAGGCUGCGACAAUGCUGCUCCGGAUCGAUGAUGUGGUGAGCGGGAUCAAGAAGAAGAAGGAGCGCGGAGCCCAGGGUCCAAGCGACGAUGCUGGAGAUCGAGAGGACAUUCCAGAGUAGUGCGCUUUUCUCUUCGUCUCCGAGAUUGUCAUUCUCUCUUUCUUCUUGUCCCGUCUCUUUUCAAAUUACACGGCUACGAUCUACUUAGUAUAA